AUGAGCUUCUUGAGGUGCGCAAUUGCCACCUAUUAUUUCUGUUUUCGUAUGUUCAAUAAACGCCACUCGAUAAUAUUAUGCUCUUUGAUCUGCGCCAUGCUGUGCCAGUGGUCAUUUCACAAAUUGAACAACGUUAUUGAAAGCUCCAGUUGUUUAUACUUGAGAUCCAAGCUACUCUCUGUUGUUACUUCAUCUGAUCUUAGUAGUCAUUUUGAUCUCGUAUCGAUGCGCCAAGUUGUGCGUCGUCUUACAUAG